AUGGGUCGCUGGACGCCCGAGCUCGUCGAGGCCGUUGUGCUCUAUCUCGAGCGUCCACGUGACGUCCUUCUCGUUCUGGCGAGUUUACCGCUAGGUCUCUUGACGCUACCGCUGCAAUGCGUGGCCCAGCUGACCGAGAUGGCGGUCGUCGAUUGGCCCGACGUGCACCUGGACGAGACAGCCAUUGACGCGCGCUCGCUCGCCCUCCUCGCUGGAGCGCGUCGCCUCGAUCCAUCCAUCACUGUCAAUGUCCAAGCCGGUGACGCGUUCCAACGACUGCUGCCGCUUCUCGCGGGCUGCAUAACGCGCGUUCACAUCCCGUCGGCCGUAAAUCUCCCGGCCGGUUUGAGCUUGCAGGCAGCGCUUGCUCACUGCACUGCACUUCGUCACUUGUCGCUGUACGUUCCCAGCACGCCGAACGCUGUAUCGUGGUUGAAGCCGCUUUUGCAGCGCUUCGCAGAGGCCGAGACGCUAUCGACCCUCGACCUUCGAUUUGGCAGAGACGCGAUUCCGUUGAUCCAGUCGUGCGUCUUUGCGCACGUCGCCCACUGGCUGCGUCAACCAAGCGCAAGAGUCCUGGCUUGCCGUGGCGAUGUGUCGGCAGAGGAAGCGCUCUGGUCCGCGCUCGGCGGCAGUCCUUUCUUGACAGACCUCGUGUUAGAGAGUCCUCGGCUUCUCGCUCGUCCAACUCCCGACUACCGCAUGCCAUGUACCUUGCGCUCGCUUCGAUGGAAGGCGCUGCACGAGUGCAGUAUGGUACCGGUUGCAGCCAUCCUUCGGAGCGCGCCACGCCUCUCGUCGCUUGCUCUGUCGUGGGGGCAUCUGCCGCCGUCGCCGCUUGUCAUGGUUGUGCGGGACCUGCGGUGCUUGGUGUCGGUCUCGUUCUCAGGCAAUCGGCUCGGGUCCAAGGUCUUUCCACCCAUUUUACAAGCCAUUGGCAACUUGCCGCUGCUAAAGUCGCUGAGCUUGGCCGACAACCAGCUUGCCGACUCGGCCGUGCCGCACCUGCUCCGUGUACUCGCCGCGUGCUCGGUGCUGCGGACCCUGGACGUAUCCCAGAAUGCGAUCGCGGCGACGGGCCUCGCAAGCCUCCUGCCCGCGCUCGCCAAGAAGCCAACGCUGGCGCAGAUCAAGCUUGAAACAACCGUUAUGUGCUGCGCAACCUCGCGCACAUCGCGUCGUCGCUGGCUUCAUGGCCCAGCGCCAGCACGCUCGUGCUAG